UGAGAGAGAUAUCAGACCAUGGAAGCUGCCAUUAAUGGUGAAAACGAAGGAGAGCCAAAGGUGGUGGUGGACAGAAAUGAUCAUACAGGAGACAAAGACACUGAUGAGCAACUUCGUCUCAAGAAGAUGAUUGCAAGCCAUCCUUUGUAUGGCAUUCUGAUCCAGUCUCACUUCAACUGUUUGAAGGUGGGAUUAGGUGAAACUGCAGAAUUUGACACAGCAAAAGAUGCAGUGAAGCAGUCAGUGAAUUCCAAGCCCAGAUCCCACCACACCACUAGUCCCAGUUCUUCAGAGCUUGAUCACUUCAUGGAAGCAUAUUGCGUGGCACUGAGCAAGCUGAAGGAAGCCAUAGAGGAACCAACCAGAGAAACAAAGGCUUUCAUAAGUGGAAUGUACAUAGAUCUCAAGGACCUCACUGACAACAAUAAUAUCCAACCGAAUGACCCCCAACAAGAAUCUUUAUGAUCCACCAUCGUCCACUUUCACUAAUGCAUAUAUGUGAUUUAAAUAUGGUUGUGUAAGCAGUUUAUGAAUAUAUAUAUAUAUAUUUAUUUAUGUAGAUGUACUAACUCGCUGGACAAGAAGAGUGCUAUGUAAGAAUUUCUGAACCUGUGCUUAGGUAUUAAUUUUCACUGUGUGCCCUGCGAAGCAUAGUUGUGAUUUGGGUACUUUAUAAUUAGCGAACUUUCUCUUCAUUAUAUGAGUCAUCAGGCCGUUGAAUGCUGCAA